AUGUACCCUUCCGCAGACGUGUACUCAACUUCAGCGGCGGAGGGGGCGAGCGGCGGGUUCCCGCUGGAGCCGGCGUUCUGGCCACUGCGCGCGCACUACAACGCGGCGCUGCCCUACCACGCCGCCACAGUCCGGGUGUCCGCCGAGCCGCUGCACUGCGCCGCCACGGCCAGGAUACACCACCGAGCGGGUCCUCUCCAAUCUGCCAACUGUACGCUGGGAGUGGGAGAGAACCGCGUGACUGUGGUGGUGGAGGCCCCUGGUUCGCCGCCCGCCGUGUACACGCUACUGCUGCAGCGACGGCCCGCCAGCUUCGGGGAACCGCCUUUCAACCCGGCACGUAACUACUCCGUCUGCGCCCUGCGUCAGGAGUGCGAGUACCAGUUCUCGCCUGGCGAGCCGUGUGGUCUGCAGCCCGAGCCUCCGCCGUGGUCAGCGCUGCAACGGCGCGCCCUCACGCUGCCUGCCUGCGCCACCGGCGACGCCUUCGGGCGCUGGGUGGUGCCGUGCGACGCCUGCGAGUCGCGCGCCUCCUGCGUAUGGAGCGAGGCGCGCUGGCUGCCCUACGGCUGCGUGCACCGCCGACUCACGCUUCCGCAGCUCCGGCGCUGCCUCCACAACAAGAAGAAAAUGGUUCCAUGGCUUGUGCCGUAG